UGGAAAAAGCGGUCCGACCUUUUACGUGUAGUGCCCCAGCGGAAAGAGGUAGAACUGCACGUCACUGAUGUCUCCCCAUAUAAUACUCGAUCAGAUGCUUCAAACACUCGCUACCUUUGCAAAUAAAGCUUUUUAGUGAAUGUAUAUAAUUUCAGACGUGGCUGCAUUUUUCGGCUCUGUGACCGGAUUGUUUUUUCCACUAACCUCACACGUUACAUGUGAUAACAAACCACCAACAUGGCUUCGGAUGACGACUCUGACGAGGAUUUCGUGUAUCACGGAACUCCGCUUCAACCUUUGGAGGAAGAUGCUCCUAUGAAGAAGCCUGUGAGUACUGAGGACCAGGUUGUAACAGACCAGCAGGGCCGGCGCAGGUUCCAUGGAGCCUUCACUGGAGGCUUCUCAGCAGGCUACUACAACACUGUGGACACACCAGAAGGAUGGACCCCUGCCACGUUUGUGUCCUCCCGGAGCAGCAAGGCUGGCAAGGUGCAGCAGAGACCAGAGGACUUCAUGGAUGAGGAG